GGAUACAAGAGAAAGCAAUAGAGGCUGGUUGUUAUCUGGUCCAGGGACUUGUUUCUAAAGGGAAAGGAAAGAUGAGAGCUCAGGAAGAGCAAAAUCAAGCUAGAGCCCUUAAGGAAGGAGAGUCUAGGAAGCGUGGAAUAGUGGACUUGCAGAAUCUGGUGAAAGUACAAGUCAAUAUGGAGGUUGAACAGGUCAAAAAUCGGCUCAACGGCGGUGCUUCUGGAUCUGUACCACCUGGUAUACUUAUAGGCCUUGGGAGUGAAGUGGUUCCUUUGGAGGUGACUGAGCAAACCUGUUCUCCCUUCUCGGUGGUUGGUCUAAUCAAAAUGUCUUCUUUGGAGGUGGUUGAUAAAACUUCUUCUUCCUUUCUGGUGGCUGGUAAAAUCGGAAUGACUUAUUUGGAGGUGGCUGAUAAAAUCUCUUCUUCCUUUCUGGUGGCUGAUUUACUUAAUCAUGGUAUUCAGACCUAAGGGGUGACCGGAAAACCGAGUAAAGGAGUGACUGAAAAGUGCUAAGUAAGACAGAGUAAGAAUUUGGGCAGAGUAACAUCAAGUUUGCACAGAAAAUUUUGAUCAGAUCCCUUUCUACAUGUUGGAAGGUGAUAUUUAUACUAAGGAGAAAAUACUUGACCAACAAGUAAAAAGCUGCUAUUCUAUUGCGGUAGAGGACACAUGUAUUACUUGGUUAACAAGAAGGGAUGUACUAAUCUAAUUGUGUGGGGACGUGUAAAGUUGAUUUGAAAGAUUUCCUUGAAGAGCUGGCUGAAUGGUCCUGUGUGUAACAGAAUUGUCCUUCGUGUGCAAGAAUCCAUUGCACGCCACACAUGUGCUAUCCAUAAUAUUAUGUGUAAUAACCACACAAGUGACAUGGGCCUUGGCCAGCUGUCGUGAUUGGCUGCAGUUCUGUGUGACACUUGAUUGCUGAAAUGUCUACGUCCACAACUAACUAGCAAAGCCUAGAGCUCAGGCGCUCAGCUGACGAGAUCGAGCUCGUGUAUAGCAUUCUCAUUUGGAAGGAGGCAGCCUCGAGUAGCUGUUUACCAGGUUUUCAGGAGUAAAAGUGAUGAUAGUAACACUUCAAUGACUAAAUUUUUAUACCCGCACGAGUAGCUCAGUUGGUCGAGUGGUGGAAAAAUUAGACCAAGUGAUCAAGAUUCGAAACUCGCACCGCUCGUGUGAAGGUUAAUUACAAAACCUGAAAUAAGGCUGGACCUCUGGUGCGCACGUGUAUAAGGCCUACCGCCGCUUUGCUGACUGAGUCACCGUGAUUAACCUCCCCACCAUCCGUCGGGUCGGGGUGGGGGCCUUGGGGUUGGGCAUUCAGCCUUUUGGACCAAACAAAUGACUAAAUUUUUAUUUACCUAUAGUAUGGGGAUCUUCACACCUGAUUCCUUUAUAUGUACUCACGUGAAAACUUGAGAAUAACCCGGAGCGGAUGAGUAAGUAAGAACAGAAGCUGCUUUUCUGGGUAGCAAAUAACAUGAUUUCUACUACAUUUCAGUUUCUCUAAAAGUGAAUAUUAGUGAUUAAUUAUUAGGAGAUGAGC